AUGGACAGAGCAGUACUUUUUCAGCUCCUUCGGAUUUUUCAUGUUGUUUUUGCUAUGCUAGUUAUUUGUUAUUUUCAUGGAGUUUCUAGUAGUGACCCUGGGAAUGAAGAACGGAAGGUUUACAUAGUGUAUAUGGGAUCGCUUCCGAAAACUCGGCAUGAUUAUUCACCUUCAACCCACCAUCGCACUAUACUGAACCAAGAAGUUGACAGCGAAUUUGUGGAGCAAUCUUUGGUUAGAAGCUACGGAAGGAGUUUCAAUGGAUUUUCCGCAUACCACACAGACCGAGAGAAAGAAAAAAUCGCCCGGCGCGACGAUGUGGUUCGGGUUCUUCCAAGUCAUAUUCACAAGCUUCACACCACUGCAUCAUGGGACUUCAUGAGUUUCCCUCAAAGUGUCCACCGCCACCUUGAAGUCGAAAGCCAUAUCGUCAUUGGGUUCAUUGACUGGGGUAUUUGGCCGGAAUUACAAGCUUUUGAUGACCAUGGCUUUGGUCCUGUACCCAAGAAAUGGAAGGGGGCUUGCGAUGGUGGCAAGAAUUUCACUUGCAACAAGAAACUCAUUGGAGCCCGAAACUAUGUGAGUGAAGAAGACUCUACUAGAGAUUUCUAUGGUCACGGCACUCAUGUUGCCUCAACAGCAGCAGGAAACAUUGUGCAAAACGCGAGUUUUUAUAGAAUCGGAAACGGUAGUGCGAGAGGAGCCGUUCCCUCCGCGAGGAUUGCAGCUUACAAAGCCUGCAAACUUACUGCAGAACCACAUGCUGAAUGCGCAGAGGACAGGAUAUUAGCCGCUUUCGAUGAUGCUAUAGCCGAAGAUGAUGAUAUAAGAGUCAGACAUGUAUCUCUUUAAAGCAUAUGAUGGAUGCUGCUUUUCCCAGCUAAAGAAUCACCAAGUCAACAUGGGAAGGUACAAUUUCCCGAAGCUGUUGUUUGGCAAGAACUCUGGCAAUUCUCUCUUCCUUGGUUUAACUACACGGGAUCCAAACAACGGAUGAUCACGAGGGUCGAUUGUAAUUCUCUCCAGGGCAACACCAUUCGCUACAAAGUACUCAAUGAGUUUAACUUCAGGGAUACGCCCAUGGUUUCCGC